AUGGAGCCGGAGGCGCUGCGGGCCUUCCGGGCCCUGGUGGAGCGCGUGGGCGGGCGGCAGCACCUGCUGCUGGUGGGCGAGGCGCGCGCCGGCGAGCUGGAGACCUUCGCCCGCGACCUCUUCGCCGAGCCGGCCAAGGACGAGCCGCCCGCCGCCCCGCCGCAGCCGCAGCCGCAGCCGCAGGAAGAGCCGGCGGCACCGGCGGCGCGCCGGGCGCGGGUGCGCGGCGGCGGCCGGCCGUGGCGGGGCUGCCCGCUGCUCUUCGCGCUCUUCCGGGCCGGCUCGCUGGGACAGCCGCGGGAGUGCCGCCGCCUGCGCGAGAUCCUGCGCGACGUGCGCAGCCAGCUGCCCGUGGGCCCGCUGGCCGCCGUGGUCGGCGUGGUGCUGCUGCCGCCGCCGGCGUCCCCCUCGGAGCGCGGCGGCGGAGGCGGCGCGGAGGCGGCGGCGGCGGAGGCGGCGCGCCUGCGGCUGGAGGCGCUUCUGCGGCGGGUCUUCCGAGAGCGGCGCCACCCGCGCCCAGGGCUGCCCGACACCCUGCAGGCGGUCGCCUACCGGCCGGGGGACGCCCAAACGGCCGCCGCGGCCAGGGAAGCCGCCUGCCGAGCGCUGCGAGCCGCCCUCAAGCUGCGAGCAGAAUCCCAAAAGCAGAAACUCCCUGCCUUCUUGUGGUGCAUCCCUUGGGGCAGAAGGGACGAGCAUUUUCACACAGACGCAAAGUCAAAUGAAGAUGCCCUACAAGACAUAGAAGAAGCCAUCGCUUUGACCAACAUUGCACCCAAUGGGAACUGUGAAGAGGCCUCUGGGGGGUUGGACUCUUAAGAGCCCCCAGUUUGUUGCUGCUCGGGGGGGCUCUGUGUUCUUCCCAUCAUCUUUCGGGAAGUAAAAAGCUCAAGCCUGGGAUCAUCCUCACGGGCUCCGUGAAGGAAGCAGCUAGCGGCUCACCUGGUCUGUGAUCGUAUGCUCUGGAGCCGGUUUUGCAGAAAAGACGCUGCUUUGCGUCCUUUCUUCAUCCUUGUUCCGUGGACAGCCAGAUAAGCAGAUCUUUCUAUUCUGUUCUUAGGCCCACAAAGACGGGUGCUCUCUUGGCAGAAAGGAUGCCACUGGGGUUCCCGAGUCUCACAUUUGAAGAGGCACCUUCCACACGUUGUGAUGGACACGGGACAACAGAAAUGUCAGCAUAUCAUUCUUGCCAGAUCUGACUUGUCCGUCUUUUUUUUUUAAACUUGUCUGCUUUGUUCUGGAAUCACUGUCUUUAGAAAUCAUCUGCAGGAUCAGAAAUCUUUAAGCUUGGAAGUAAAAGAGAAACAAUUGAUGGUGGUUUGGAAAACUUUCCCCUUUGUUCUGUCCCUGACUGUGGUUUCUGACCGUGGCAAAGAAAUUCUGCUACGUUCUUAAUGAAGAUACACGUGGAACCGUAUGCAGUUACUCACCCUUGUGGUUACUCUGGCCCUUGCUGUGUUUUGGAAAACUACCAUACACAUGGUCAAAGCUUGCAAUAUGUUCAUCAGAACAAAUGAUUAUGCAUUUUUACAGACA